AGGGGGAGUUAGGUCUUGGGAGUGGUACUUGAAGGUCGCUUGCGAGUGGUUUCGAUCGUUCUACUGUUCGCUCCCCGAAAGCUGUUCUUUACCCCCGUUGGGCCCGAAGAUUCUUGGGGAGUUAGUGAUGUGGGUGGAUAUUCUUGGUUCAAUAACACGACAUAAAGCUCCCUACCUCUCCGACAUCUACUUGGAGAUUGAGAAACGAGAAUCAAAAGGGGCCGCAUGUCCUUUCCGAUUAGAGAAUGUCAUGGGUUGUUCAAACUCAGUCAUGUUUGGCAUUGCGCGUAUAUCCGAGCUGCAAUGCUCGAAACUUCAGGAAACAUCCAGCGGCCGUAUUGACAACGCUGUACUAUCCCAAAUUGCGGACACGAUUCAAAUGCGGUAUUUCUCCCAGUCAACACAAAGGGUUCCAUUUACAGUGAUUUGUCCAAGUCUACUGGGCAACCUAUACGGGUUAUUGCCCUUCGCAUCUCGAUCCAUGGAUAAUCCCUACACACUACCGAUUCUCCAAGAGUCUUCUCUUUCCACUGCGACCAUCACCGAAGCGUACCGUUUAGGUGCGCUCAUUUAUCUCCAGACGAUUGUCCCUGGGCCGCCACCUUUUCCCAAAGGAGCGAUGGAAAUGGCCAGCGUCGCUGCACGCUUCAUUCACUGCCAUGUCCCCGAAUCGCAGAUGGACCAGUGCUUGAGAAUCCCUUUAUUCCUGACAGCAUGCAUGUCCACAGGAGACCAGAGAAACAUUAUGGGCGUGCGGCUUUGUCGAUCGCUAAACAUGGGGGGCAGUGCUGGUAUUGGUCAGAAUGCUUUUCUUGUAAUGCAAGAAGUCUGGAGGCACUUGGACCGUCGUGUCCCGAUUGAUUGGUGCCAUGUUAUGAGGCGACACGUCCUUCUGGUAUGAUAAGUUAUGCGGAAGAUAUGCUUUCGAAUGCCCGGAUCCCCGAUAUUCUCUCUCAAAGGACAACAGCAAUGGACUAAACCCCUAUUAACACCGCUCGGCAAAUCUCUGAAUGUAAUCGUAACCCACUCUGACCCUCCGUCAACCAUGACGAGUAGCAUAUAUGGUAUAACAUUUUCAAUGCAAACUUUUUCCUAUCAUGUUCCGUGCUACCCAGAACAUCGUCUACAUCGCCCUAUCUGGUACCCAAUGAAUACAGCACUGCCUACUCAAUGGCGCGCGGCUAAAUCAUUGUUACCGCAAGGUUUUGGCAUGUUCGUGACAAUGAUGCAUUUGGCACU